UGAUCAGUGAUUCUAAGAGUUGGACUCCACGACCCUUGUGGGUUCCUUCCAGUGCCAACAUUCCGUGUGUGACACCCCAUGUAUGCUUUGAGCGAACAGUAUCGGCCGUGCCCCCGGCGCGUGUGCUGCGGGCUCUGCCCUCCGCCCGCGGACCCGCAGAGCUGACGCGUUGCUAAUACCAGGAAGCAAUGGAAAGUACGAAGCGUCUUGUCACCGAGUGGAUGCUGAAGCAAGACCUACGGGCACCUCACGGGCGCAAAACAGCCCAGGUGCCCGCAGGCAGCUGACAUCUGCUCCGAGUCGUUCUGACUAGGACACAACCAGUACAACUUCCAGGGACUGCGCUUUUCUAAGGGAUCAAACCAGUGAACCCACGCACAGCCGAGGACUGGAGUCCUGUUAAACGCUUGUCCUCAGGCUUGAAGCCCUGCUGUUGGCUCUAAUAGAUUUCUAACGCCACUUCUAAGCCAGAAUGGAAAUAAAAUGGAAACAACAUAACGCAACAAUCAUAACAACAGCCAGACCACAAGUCGUAUGUCGAUACUGCUUCCAAACCACCUUGAAAAGCUCUCCAAGUAGCAUCCAGUGCUUUGCUUCUGUGGCACACACAGCUCUUCUUAAAUCAGUGGGAUAAAACCCCUGUGCUUACAGUUAAAUUGUGUUGAAAUGCUUCACUGCAUCAAGAUCAUUAAAAUGUGUUAAGGCCCAGAGGUCUAAGGUGGUGUAACCUGGUGUAAUCUGGGGAUACAGCCAGGAGGGACAUCUGGAGAGUGGUGGUGUUGCUUAAAAACCAACAACUGGGAAAUGACGGUGUGAGGAACAGAUUGCAGAACUGGACCUUCAGUGUCUGAGCAGGAUUUUGAGUGCAGAAGUCAUCACAAUGAUACCAGCUCUUAUACCCUGCUUUUUACUCAUAGCUAUGUAAGAACUUAAACACUGAGACGUAAGUUAUUGACCAGAAAAUGGCCCACCGAAGCCCAAUCUUCCCAACUCUUGCCCCUUCUGAAAGCACCCAUGAGCUCCAUUGCAUUCCAUGGAAGCUAUGCAAGUGCACUGCACCCUUGAAAAAUAUAGACAAAUAUUCCAGACGGGUUCGGAACAUCCCGCUGCACAGCCAGGCACUGACAGCGGUCCCGCUGGCAUCUGCCAGCCUGGUGGAUCAGCUGGAAGACAGAAUCCUAAGCCAUGAGAAAACAACGGCGGCCCUUGUGGAACACGCGUUUCGCAUUAAGGAGGACAUUGUUUCCACUCUGCACAGAAUGCAGAACAAAGGAGGGGGAGACCGGUUGGCCCGGCAGCUCUUGGAGGAACACAUCCGAAACAUAACCGCCAUAGUGAGGCAGCUCAAUCGGGACAUUGAGAUGCUGCAGGAACAGAUACGUGUCAGAGACAAUCUCAGCUAUGGAACAAAUUCUACCCUGAAGAGUCUGGAAAUGCGUCAGCUUUCUGGCUUAGGGGAUCUUCGGGGAAGAGUUGCAAGGUGUGAUGCUGGGUUAGCCAGACUGUCUGCAGAGCAUAAAAUUACAUAUGAAAGACUUCAGAGCCUAAGUAAAGACCAACACACUUCCAAGCUGAUCUUAGAAUCUAAAGUCAAAGAGGCAGAAAUACAGAUUUCUCACCUGCUGAGCAGAGUAGAGCAAUCAAUAAUGCAGCAAGAAGCAAAGCUGAAAGUUGCCUACAAAGAAAGCAACCAACAACUACAACUCCUGGACACCAAAUUAAAAAAUGCCAUUGAGGAACUGAGCAGUCAGAUUUUGUCUGCACGCAGCUGGUUGGAACAGGAACAUGAAAAGAUUGAAAAAGAGUUUGUGCAAAAAGUUGAACAACUCUCACUGACUUUUAAGGAGAACACGGAAAUGAGUGAGAGAGCUUUUGAGAUGAAAUUCAACCAAAUGGCAGAGAAAAUUGAGAAAACAGGAGAAAUGCAGAAGAUAGGCAUGGAUGCAAAUGAAGCAAAACAGACUGAAGAAAGGAUAAAUGUUCGCAUUGGCAAACUCCAAAAUGAGAUAAAUGAAGAUAUAAAAGAAAUGAAAGCCGAAGUUAAUGCUGGAUUUGCAGCCAUCUAUGAGAGCAUUGGGUCUCUGCGGCAAGUACUAGAAGCAAAAAUGAAGCUGGACAGAGAUGAACUACAGAAGCAGAUCCACCAAAUGAAGCAGGAGGUUCCAAGAUGGGGAGAAGCUGGACCAUGACUGCAAGAUUGUGUCUGAGAGAUUCAUGUUUACCUGGCUCAGUAGGCAGACUCUAGUCUUGUUCCAGUCUGUGACCCAAAUUAACUGCAUGUACCAAUGACAUGCUGCUGUUGCACAGGUCUGUAUGGUGACUCAAAGCAGUAAAUGCAAGCUCUUCACGGAUAACCAACAUGCAGCCCUUGGGGCUGAGGUGUUGAUUUGCCACUGCACUACUCUAGUUGCUGUCAGGAAAUUAAGCACUGUGUAAAACUGGAGUAAUAUAUUGGUGAAGCUGGCACCUAAUUUGCUAAAGGCAUUGCAGUUUUGCAGGCUUGGGCAGGCAGCCAUAUACUUUUUAUAUAUAAGCACCUGUACUACCCCACGCCACUCCUCUUUUUAAAAAAAUAAAGGCCACUUGAUACAACUUGCUUAAUGUAAAUUUUGGCAAGGUUCUCCAUCUUGAUGCAAGUUAUUUAGUUGCAAUCAAUGGACAUUUUUACAGCGACUUGCUCUACUAUUGACUUCCUGGGAAGGUAGAAUUGGCAUUAAAAAAACCCGAUGUUCAAAACCCAGAUGCCAUCAGAAAAUAUUUGUUUAGUUUUGCAAAUAUCCUCUGUGUGUGAUAACUAAAUAGUGUUAUAUAAUGUAGUUGUAGACUAAGAUGAUUCAUCAACAACAUAAGACAUUUUAAUGACAUGGUCUUAAGUAUUGUAACCUUUUAAAAUUAAUAACCAAGUGGAGCUGAGACAAGGUAAAACGUGUAUAUAAAGUAUUUUUUAAGUGGG